AUGACGGAGCCUUCGCCGCUGCUCCGGGAGGAAACGUCUGCCGAGCCGCCGCUACUGCGCAGCGUACCCAGCGCCGGCAGCUUCACGCGCCUCCCUGUUACGCCCAUGACGCCGCACUCGCCCGGCUCCCCGUCCGCCUUCUUCUACCACACAGCCACCGCCAACAUCGUCGUGCUGGCGCCGCCGUCGCCCAGCGACUCGAACGUCUCCAGCGCUGCAACUACCGGGGGCUGCGGCGCCUGCAAGACCCUCAGGCGAUGGCUGCGCAUGAACGUGGUGCAGCGCGUGCUGUCGGCGCUGGUGCUGGUGCCGCUCAUCACGGUCUUCCUGUGGCUGUCGCCGGCCUUCGCCACCGCCACGUUCUGCACGUUCGUGACCAGCAUCUGCUCGUUCGAGUACGCGUGGCUGCAGCACCGCAUCUACCUGCGCAUCAUGACCAAGAUGAACGCCUGCGAGCCGCACCUUAUGGGCAGGGACGCCAACAGCGACGGAGACAACAGCAGCUCCGACAGCUACAGCCGCAGCACGCGGAGCGAGAGUGGCAGUGACGGGGAACGGAACAUCGACGACAACGUAACAGGCAAUGUGUAUGUAAACAGAGGACGCACCACUGGCAGCGCAAGCGGCGAGACCGUCCAGUCGUCGCCGCUGUCGCCCCCACUGUCUUCCAGACCAGCCGCUGUCUCUCCACAGCUAGAAGGCAUCCCCCGCCAACGAAGACCCAGCCAUGGCAGCAACGUGGGAGACCACGAAGACUAUCUGAACCAUCCGAGUUUCUCGAAAUGUGCGGUGUCCCAAAUCGCCGAUAAGUACUUCAAUCAGAACGAGUGGAUUGCUGCGUUGGUUCUAGCAGCACUCACCACCGUCGUGACCACGACAACGUUCCUCAUGUACGUAAACCACAUUCCGGAGCUGCAGGAGAAGCAACUAUUCAAGUUGAGGUGGUUCUACAGCAUCGCCACCGACUACGUCACUGCUCUCUGCGCGUUUUUCACGCCGAAUUGGAGAUAUGCCUUCAUCUGCAUCGUCGAGAAGGCAGUCUUUACAUUGCUGACCAUGCAUUCGACUGCGUGCCCGAUCAACCGAUUCCGCUGUGGUGUUUCGUUGGAGCCGGCCCAAGUUUUCCUCUCGGGUGUUGUGGUUAUCGUGCUUUUCCGUCUGCAAACAACACGCACUUCCGGGCCCGCGACAUUCCUCCACAUUGCGCUGGACAUGCUGGGCUACUUGUACAUCAUUGGCAGCCUUUCCGUUAUUGUGGCUUUCGUGGAUGACGAGCGUCUUGAAUCGUACCGCAAGUUGCUGAUUGUGCUGCUCUACGUCGUUUGGGCGUCAGAUACGGGGGCUUAUCUUACGGGUAAAAUACUGGAGAGAUGUCACUACAGCUACUACAACCCACUGGCAUCGCACCUGUCCAAGAACAAGGACUACGAAGGAACUCUUGGAGCUAUUUUCUUUGGUGUGACGGCGAUGUUCAUCUCGUCGGAUUUACUUAGCGUGCCGGGGUCGGCGAUUGCACAAAUUGGAUUCACGGUGCUGGCUGUGAUAGUUGGACGACUUGGAGAUCUAUUUGAAAGUUUGCUGAAGCGUGCUGCCGGGGUAAAAGACUCUGGGAAAUUGAUUCCUGGCCAUGGAGGCGUGUUGGAUCGCAUUGAUGCGCUCAUGUUUGCAUCGCUAGUGUUUGCCAGAUAUUACGCGUCUAUUGUCAUGUGA